UAGAAAUUGUGUGGUUGAUAAAGACAAAAGGAAUCAGUGUAGAUUUUGUCGGCUUAAAAAAUGCUUUAAAGCUGGCAUGAAAAAAGAAGCCGUACAAAAUGAACGAGAUAGAAUUAGUUGUCGAAGGCCUAGUUAUGAAGAAAACAACCAAAAUAAUGGACUUUCAGUUGGUUCACUUUUAAAUGCAGAAAUGUUGUCUAGACAAGUUGGAGCCGCUUUAGAGCAAAUUGGAUCAACGCCAGUUAACGAUUACGACUUAUCAAACAGGCAACUAGCAAGUAUCAACGAUGUUUGUGAUUCAAUGAAACAACAGUUGUUAAUUUUGGUAGAAUGGGCAAAAUAUAUUCCAGCAUUUACAGAUCUUCAACUGGAUGAUCAGGUAGCAUUGUUAAGAGCACACGCAGGUGAACAUCUUCUACUUGGGCUGGCGCGAAGAUCGAUGCAUUUAAAAGAUGUUCUUCUUCUUGGAAAUAAUUGUAUCAUCACCAAACAGUGUCCAGAGCAACGUAACCUAUCCCCAGAUUUGAGCAUCGCCAGGGUCGGCAGCCGCAUUAUGGAUGAGCUGGUUAAGCCAAUGACUGAAGUCCAAAUUGACGAUACUGAGUUUGCCUGCCUGAAAGCCAUAGUUUUUUUUGACCCAAAUGCUAAAGGAUUAAGUGAACCAGCUCGUAUCAAGGCAUUAAGAUAUCAAAUUCAAAUAAAUUUGGAAGAUUAUAUUAGUGACCGUCAAUAUGACAGCCGAGGAAGAUUUGGUGAAUUAUUAUUAACACUUCCAGCACUUCAGUCUAUUACAUGGCAGAUGAUUGAACAAAUCCAAUUUGCAAAACUAUUUGGGGUUGCACAUAUUGACAGUUUACUACAAGAAAUGCUUCUUGGAGAUUCUAUUUUAGGAGCCAGCGUCGACAGUACCCCUACUCUUGUGGUACCAAACAACAAUGCAAAUAGUUACCAAAGCACCAGUGAUUCUGCUGAUAGUCCAAUUACAUCUCCUAUAACCACGCCAAGCAGUCCUCAAGACCAUUUAAUAAAUGGUAAUGUGAGCAGUCCUUCUAACACCUCUAAUGUGUUGAUCAUGAGGGAUAUUACAUCAUUAGAUGAGUCAACACCUUAUCCAAUUGCUUUUAAAGAAGAACCUAUGAAAGAAGAACAGCAUACUUUUUAAAACAGCAUUUAUGAAGAUUUGCAAAGACAAUAUUUAUUUUUAUUGUUAUUUACUUAUAUAGGUAUUUAUAUAGCAAUCAUAUUGGUUGAUGUAAAUUAAAAAUCAUUAUUUAUUUAGAUACAAUACCAAGCAAUAAAUACACUAAUAUAUUUGGUAGACCUUAUGGGGAGAAACAGACGUAUGUCUAAUCUAUGUUAAUAUUAAAUUUAUGCUAUAUAUCACUGGAGCUAUUUAAUAAAAAUUUGUAAAAUUCUUAUUGCAGAAUAUAGUUUCCAUUUCCAUUACUCCCAAUUUAAUAGGAAGUGACUUUAUUUUAAAAAUAGCAUACAGAGAAUGAUUUACUUUUCGAGCACUAAUGACACAUGAUUAGUAUGAGUAUUCAAGAAGCAUAUUGUUACAAAAUUUGACUGUGCAAACAUCUGGAGGACAUGCACUGGGAGAUUCAUCAGUCCUUCACCGCUACCAUAUUGUCAGCAAAAUAUGGCAUUCAUUGCGCAGCUAUGAAUAAGACUGCCAGUAUUUUUUACAUGUUUUAUAAAUCCCUUAAUUUUAAAAUAAACUUCAAAUGUCUAAAAUCAAAGACAUUUGCGAGUUUCUUUUUGUAGUGCAUGUUAUUUCGACACCUGGCAACACGGACAUGUAUAACAUUGCCAAGUAUGUAAUAUCAAACCUCUGCUGAAAAAUAUUAUCAUUUUACAUAUGGACAGUGCUGGAAAAUGUUGAUAAAAUAUUUCCCAAUUGAGUGCUGUGGCCAUCGCGUAGCAGUGAUUUCGGUUGGACUUUUCUUUAUGGUGAAAUGUUAGGAAUCAUUGUUAGUCUAAUGCCACAAGACAUCGACAAUAUACUGCAAUAUUUGAAUGGCAGCUAUUUGUAUAAAAUUGCAUAAAUAGUCAGAGUUUUGUUCGAUCAUCCUUGUUCUCUUUUCACCUCUAUUCUCUUUAGUCUUUAUUAAUAUGCACAACCAACAAUCAUCUACAAAUCCCCUGUGGAUUUUAAGCAUUCCUAAUAUGUGAUUGCACGUCCCGAUCUUUCAGAUUUUAGAAGAUUAACCAAUUAACCAAAAUGCCGGCCCCUUCAAAGAUACAAAUACAAAUAUAGACUAUCCAAUGUAGAAAAGUAUCUAUGUCCUAACAGACAAAUAGGCAAAUGCGAUCUGACAAAUCUGGAUGGCAGGACACAUAUUAUAAAAAUCCCCUCCUAAAGAUACAAAUAUUAAUUUAUGUAAAGGUAUAUAUGUUUUUUUUCUAGGUAAGUUUCUCUAAGUUUAGAGAUACAGUUCCAUUUACAAAAUUGUUUCAAAUUAAUAGAUUUGCAAUAAUAUGAAAAAAAAAAACGGGCUGACCUAUUUAAAAUUUAAUGCCGCGUCUUGUUAAACUAAAAUAGUAGUAAACUAUUUGAGGUUUGUUUGUUAGAUAAUUUAUAAUUUAUUAAAAAAAAAUCAAAAGAAACCAUAGCAUAAACUCAAUAUUAACAGAUACAUAAGUGUCUUCCAAUAAAAAAAUCACCUAAUACAGUAUCUGGAUUUUCUUGUUGGCACUUCAAAAAUGAAGUCAUAAAUCAUAAUUCUAAUUUUUUUUAUAUUCAACUAAAAGGUGAUAAACAGCAGGUACUAUUAUGUCAGUUUUUCUUGAGGUGCCAACCAAUUUUUAGGAUAUCUGUAUGCGGAGUGUAACAUGAUGUGAAAAGCUUUCAAGUUUCUCCUCAAAAUCAUAAAAAUGCAUAUUUCCUAAAAUAAUUCAAAAGGUCUCUAUGAUUUUUCAAAGAUUGGAUGUUAAACAGUUUUAACUGGUUAGAAUUAAUUUACCUCCUAUAUAUAAACAUUGUGAGAGAACAAUACUGAACAAUUGAAUUGAAGAAUUCUUAAUUGAUUAAAAACUGUAUUUUACAUCCCUCUUCUUAAGGACCAUAGAAAUUUUAAGAAUCGCUUUUUACAACACCUCUGUUUUACCCUUAUAUGCGUUGUAACUAAACAAAUAAUGAAUCUUGUGGAUAAUUUUAUAGUAUCAUUCGUUGUAAAUCCUUUUGAUGUUAAAUACCAAUAAAAAAUGAUUUUGAUUUAAAUUGAAUCAAAAAGUGUAGAAGCUGUAGAGCUUUUUAAUAUUCAAAUACAAGAAAUAAUUUAGAUAAAAUAACCGUAUGUCUUAGAUAUAGUUUCUAUUAUUACACAUUUCAAUGUAACACUGAAACAAGUUUUUUAAAACUUUUUUUCCAGUAUAAAUAUACAGAAGUACACUAAAACUACUAUCAAACAGUUUAAAGGUUGAUACACAUUAGAUCGACUCAUAGUAGCUCUCAUCAGCAUGAAAAUAUUUGUAGGUACUAAUUUUGAUAUAAACAGAACAUGGAAAUGAAUAAUAGCGAAGAUCUACUGGCUUUGUUUAUUAGCAGAUAGAUUUGAAGAUGUUGAAGAGGAAAAUUAAAUAUUAAAACAAAGUGUUAAUAAGAUGAACUAAAAACUAGGCGAACAUUUUGUUAUUUCUUAUCACUAUUUUCAGAUGCCUUCCAUACUUUCAAAGCUGUUUAUUUCCAAUUCAAUUUUGGCCAUGGGCGUUUACUUUGAAAAUUAUUAUUUCAUAAGGAUUUCCAUAUCAAACUAAUCAAUCUGAUGUGCUUUAACCUCAAGUGAAUACUAAAUACAAAAAAAAUAUAGAUAUAUAUUCAUAGUGGUUAUAAUACAUAAAUGAUUUUUAUUCAAAAAUUAUAAAAUCUAGUCUAUUUAAAGCGUGUGUAUGCUUAAUAACAGUUAUAAGAUUAAAAUUUAAAAAUUCUAGAUAUGUCAAUAUAAAUAGGAUCUUUUAGAGGCCUUUUGAACAAGUGUGCUAACAUGGCUGUGCUCAUUUAACAAUGAAAUUCAAGAGAAAGUCUGAAUUUCAGUUCUAAUUAUUCAUAUUAGAAAAAUGUUAGUAAAACCCUAUAUUAGUAUUCGUUAAUUUGAAUGCCCAGAUACCUAUAUACGUUUAACAGCCUGUAUUUAUCCUUUACCCACAACUAACUACAUGUCUCACAUUAAAAAUCCUCAUAUCCAUUU